AUGGAUAUGGAACCUCGAUCUAAGUCAGAUAUGGAAAUAUUAAUAAAAUCAAAUGGAAAUUGGUUUGAAAAGGUACCAAAAUUGAAUUAUUUUACUUUAAAGACUUUAAUUAAUAGUGAUUUUCAAUUAGCCUAUUUGAAAUGGAUUCUUAAUAAUUUGAAUCAUAUUCAAAAAUUGAAACUUCAUCUUCAAAUUAAUAGAAUGGAUUUAUUUUCAGAUUCAAUCAUUCAAAUAUAUGUUGUUGAUGCAAAUUUUAUUCGUCAAUAUUGUUUACCUGAUGUAAUAAUUAAUAUAAAAUAUUUUCAAUUUCAUAUAAUUUCCCAUUGUCAAUUAUUAUCGUAUAAUAUUGAAAAACUAAUAAAUUCGUUUAAAAUUGAUGAAUUUUUUAUUUCACAUCAAUUGACAAAUGUAACUUGUUUCCUUGAUCCAUUUAUGUCAUGUCAAUAUCUCUCUUCUUCUAUUGUUAAUAUACCUCAAUGGAUAAAUGGUUUAGUUUUUCAUCGAAGUAUUUUGACUUGGCCACAUAUCCAGUAUGUUUCGAUUAAUUUACAUCCAUCUGUUUAUUUAUUUCUUGAACGAUUCAAUGAAAUAUAUCUUAAUAUUUCUCAUAUUAAAGUUUAUACAGGAUCUUAUGCAGAUGUUAAUGAGCCUGGCGUGUGUCUGUCAUUAAGAUUACCAUUCAAAAUAGGACAACGUAAAGUAGCUGGUAUUCAAUUUCGAAAUGUGACAAGACUUGAUUUGGGAUUUAUUUUUAAUUGUGACAUUGGUAGGUAUUGA